AAAUAAAGAAAUCAGAUAUUAUUGUAAGGGUAAGAAGCUAUGAAUUUAGUUGUGUGGUGGUGAUUAAGUCACGAUACUUUUCAAAGGAGGAAACUUUCAUCAAGUUGCAUCAGAACAAUCUGAGAAACACUUUUGGAAAUUGUAAGUCACCACUUUGCUAGUGCUGUGUAGUAUAGGCAAUCUACGGUUUCAUACGUUUGAUUAGAACGGUUCUGUUUCUUUGAUCUUUUAUUAUCUUUCACGAAUCACCACGUUGUGAUUCUUCUUAAGAUAUGUUGCCUCCUCUCGUUGUGGCUUCUUGUUCCUCCUUCUCCUCCUCUUCUCGCAAUUGGUCCUAUGAUGUUUUCCCAAGCUUCAGCGGAGAGGAUGUCCGCAAAACAUUCCUCAGCCACUUUCUCAGGGAGCUGGAACGUAAAUCGAUCAUUGCUUUCAAAGACAACGAGAUGGAGAGAAGCCAGUCAAUCGCCCCGGAGCUUGUAAAUGCGAUUAGAGACUCAAGGAUUGCAGUGAUCGUAUUCUCCAAAAACUACGCCUCUUCAAGCUGGUGUCUAAAUGAGUUACUUGAGAUUCUACAAUGCAAUGAAGAGUUGGGGCAACUAGUAAUACCAAUUUUCUACGAUUUGGAUCCUUCGCAUCUUAGAAAACAAUCAGGAGACUUUGGAGAGGCCUUUGAAAAGACUUGCCAAAACCAAACACAUAAAGUGAAAAAUCAAUGGAAGCAAGCUCUGACCGAAGUUGCAAAUAUCCUCGGAUAUCAUUCCAAGAACUGUGAUAGUGAAGCUGCAAUGAUUGAAGAAAUCUCUAGUGAUAUAUUAGGUAAAUUGGAUUUAAAUCAAACAAACGAGUUUGAGGAUUUUGUCGGCAUCAAAGAUCAUAUCGCAGAGGUGAUAUUAUUGAUGCAUAUGGAAUCCAAGGAAGUGAAGAUGGUUGGGAUAUGGGGCACGUCGGGAAUUGGAAAGACUACUAUUGCAAGAGCUUUAUUUAGUAAUAUUUCUAAUCAGUUCCAAAGUAGUGUUUUCAUAGAUAGAGCCUUCAUAUCGAGGAGUAUGGAAAUUUACGGUCGAGCCAAUCCAGUUGACUAUAACAUGAAGUUGCGCUUGCGAAUAAAUUUCUUGUCUGAAAUUUUGGACAAAAAGAACAUGAAGAUCGGUGCAAUGGAAGAAAGGCUAAAGCACCAGAAAGUUCUUGUUGUUAUUGAUGAUUUGGAUGAUCAAUACGUGCUAGAUGCCUUAGCGGGUCAAACCAAAUGGUUUGGAAGUGGGAGUAGAAUUAUUGUGGUUACAACUGAUAAGCAUCUUUUAAAAGCUCAUGGGAUUGAUUCUAUUUAUGAGGUUGGUCUACCAUCCGAUGAAGCAGCUCUAGAGAUUUUUUGUCGAUCUGCUUUUAGGCAAGACUCUCCGCCUGAUGGUUUGAUGGAGUUUGCUUCUGAAGUUGUAGAACACGCUGGUAAUCUUCCUUUGGGUCUUGAUGUUUUGGGUUCGUCUUUGCGAGGGUUGAACAAGGAAGACUGUUUGAAUAUGUUGCCUAGGCUUAGAAGAAGUCUAGAUGGUAAAAUUGAAGACACGCUAAGAGUUGGUUAUGAUGGGUUGCUCAGAGAAGAUAAAGCGAUAUUUCGUCAUAUUGCAUGCCUUUUCAAUCAUGUGGAAGUGAAAGACAUCAAGAUGUUUCUUGAAGAUAGUGAGUUGGAUGUUGAUAUAGGGUUGAAAAACCUAGUCAAUAAGUCUCUCAUUCAUAUAAGAUGGGGUAAAGUUGAGAUGCACCACUUGCUACAAGAAAUGGGUAAAAAUAUGGUUCGCUUGCAGUCCAUUAAAAAACCUCAAAAGCGGGAGUUUCUUGUGGAUUCAAAAGAUAUAUGUGAUGUACUCACUGAAAGCAUUGGUACUCCAAAGCUUUUAGGUAUAUCAUUGGAUAUUGAUGAAAUGGAUGAGUUGCAUGUACAUGAGAAUGCAUUCAAAGGGAUGCGUAAUCUCCGUUUCCUAGAUAUUUUCUCGAACAAAGUUAGGUUUGGAAAAGGAGACAAAUUAAAGUUACCCAAAAGCUUCGACUGUUUGCCUCCUAAACUCAAACUACUGUAUUGGUCUGGGUAUCCAAUGCCAUGUAUGCCUUCUACGUUUUGUACCGAUAAACUCGUCAAGCUCAAAAUGCAAAACAGCAAGCUAGAGAAGUUGUGGGAGGGAGUUAUGUCUCUUAAAUGUCUCAAUGAGAUGGAUUUGUGUGGAUCUCACAACCUGAAAGAAAUUCCAGAUCUUUCGAUGGCCGCCAAUCUGGAGAAGCUUAAUCUUCAGUCUUGUAGGAGUUUAGUAGAGCUUCCUUCCACAAUCCGAAAUCUUAAUAAAUUGGUGAAAUUGGACAUGCAGUUCUGCAAAAAGCUGGAUACUCUCCCAACUGGAAUUGACCUCAAAUCCCUCGAUCACCUCAAUUUCAGUUUCUGCUCACGGCUGAGGACUUUUCCCAAAAUAUCGACCAACGUGUCAUUUCUUUUUCUGGAGGAAACAAACAUUGAAGAAUUUCCCUCGAAUUUGCGUCUCAAGAAUCUUGUUAAGCUUCGCAUGUCAAAGAUAACAAUAAAGAAACUAUGGGAAAAAGUACAGACAUUUCUAAACUUCUACACCUUGAGACUGUUGACUUUUCACACUGCGAGGCAUUGAACGGAGCUGAUCUGAGUGGCCAAACUUCAAGUGAUGUGGCAAUAGAAGCAUGCAAUACUGACAUUGUUCCUGAGGAGGCUUCCUCAUUACUUCCAGAUAAGUUUAUCACAAAAGUUGGCUUCAUCAACUGCUUUAAGUUUAAUCAAGAAGUUCUCUUUCAGCAACUAUUUGUUUGCUUCAAGUUCAUGAUCUUGCUUGGUGAAGAAGUGCCUUCAUAUUUCCCAUACCGUACUACUGAAACAUCCUCCUCUCUGACUGUCCCUCUACUUGAAACUUCUAUCACGCAACAUUUUUUCAGAUUUAGGGCUUGCGCUGUGGUUGCUUUCGACUCUUUGCCUAGAACUGGUCUCAAUGGAUUAAAUAUCCAUGUAAAUUGUCGGUUCAAAGACGAAUGUGGGAACAUCUUUGAUUCCUCUGAGCGACAUAGCUUCCGCACACUUAAGAAGGAUAGUAGGCUGUUUAUAUUCGACUGUUGUAUCCCUCUCAACAAAGACAAUGCUCUUCUUGUUCAACCUAAAUACAAUCACGUGGAUGUGGAGAUUAAAAUUAGUAGUUGGCAAUGGGACUCUACGUUCAGAUUAAAAGGAUGGGGUGUGCGACUCUAUGACGGAGUUUAUGAUCCAAAGAGUCUUCCACAUGUUUGUGAAGCUGAUGAAGAAGAUAUGGUUAGUGAUGAUGGAUGCCAUAAGAUGAAACAAGGUGAAGAAUGUGGAGGCAGUGAUGUAGAGACAGAGAGAAGCAAGAAGUCACCUGAGGUAUGCAUUAAGCAUGAGACUGAACACCAUGAGGAUUGUGGGGACAGCACUGAAGAGAGAAGAGGAAGCAGGAAGAGAAUGCGUGCGACUAUGGGAAGAUUACUAUUCAAGAAACUACUGAACCGCUAUGCAGCCAAAGCGCAAGAUACAUGAAGAUACGUAGAGACAGAGAGAAACAGGAAGUGAAUGCGGAUUACAUGGAGAAACUAUUGAUCUUUGAUUGUGAAUCUUCGAGAAACUUUCAUGGCGAUGAAAUGAGUAGUUUUUUUCGGUUCUAAUAUAACAACAAGAUGCAAGGAGGACAUGCAGAGACUGCUCACUAUCAAUUGAUUCAAUUGGUGGUGUUAUCUGCCUUUGGGAUCUAUUUUGGUUCUCUGUGCUUAUAAAGUAGCUAGAUAACGUAAAGUUGAUUUUUUUUUUUUUCAUCUGCAGAAGGGUUGGAGAAGUAGUUCUGUUAGUACCAUGUAUAUGAAUAUGAGUUCCAAUUAUAUAUGGUCAAUAAGGGAUUUUCUUGUUGCCUAUACCAUAAGCUAAUGAAUCACAACAUUAAGCAUAAGAACUGUCAUUUCGAAUAUCAAUCUUCUUCUUUUAGUUCCUAUUUUAUAGAAUUGUCAUUUCUCUUAGUGUAUAUCAAACAUAAAUGCUG